GGGAAGAUGUUUAGUUGGAGAAAAACUAUGUUUGAGCACCUGUCCACUGCUACACCAAGCUGCUUCACUGCACCAGACGAGCCCUCUACUCCACUAAUGUACUUCUCCAAAUUCUUUGACAAGGACAUCUUUGAAGUCAUUACUCAGCAGACAAACUUGUAUUCCCAUCAGCUCAUUGGAUGCAACAUCAACACUAAUGUGUCUGAAAUCAAGGCAUUCAUUGGAAUGAAAAUGCCUGCAAUGGAAAACUACUGGGCAAAAGAUACAAUAUAUGAGAAAGUAGCAGAUGUCAUGCCACUCAAGAGGUACAAAUGUUUAUCCAGGAUGCUCCACUUUCAAGACAACAUGAGCUCUGAGUCCAGUGAAGAUCGUCUUGUGAAAAUAAAGCCUGUACUGGACCACAUGAGGAGCAAGUGCAUGGAAAUGGAGAGUGAGAACCAGUUCUCAAUUGAUGAAAUGAUGGUUCCUUACAAAGGAAAAAAAGCUGGAAGUCUGCGGCAGUAUCUACCCAGUAAAUCCAAAAAAUGGGGGAUCAAGAUCUUCUCCGCGCUGGUGUGUCUGGCUUUGUGUAUGACUUCAUGGUCUAUAAAGGGAAGUCUACAUUUGAUGGUUCUACUCAAACUCAAGGCAAAGAGUUUGGGUUAGGUGCAAAUGUUGUUCUGCA